GUUCUUACCGGUGACUCCGCCUACUUGCGUCACACCCCGGAAAUGAUGAAACGUCCAACCGGUCUCUCUCUCCUAUCUGCAGAGAGAAGCCGCGAUUGUUGUUUUCCCCAAAUGUCGGCCAGCGCUUUCUAACAUGUCGAUCCUGCGGGGUGUGUUGUUUUUAACUCUUUAUUCCCAGGUGUUUGGAGUUUUCCAGAAAAUUUACUGCUCUCUGUCGGACAGCUGCGAGUGCGACUUCAAACCCAACCUGAGAGAUUUGGAGUGGGACCUCUACAGGAAUGUCUACGGACAACACCUGGUCCAGGACAUCGUGUCCGAGGAGGUUGCCAAGUUCCUUCAGGAUAAAAACCCCGAGCGCCCCCUGGUGCUCUCCUUCCAUGGAUCGUCCGGGACGGGAAAGACGAUGGUUAGCUCAAUGCUCGGAACUCAUUUGUACGGCUGGGCUAUGAGCAGCCCGUACGUCCACCAGUUUGUCCCCACGUUGCAUUUUCCUUCACGUCAGCUCGUCCACGAGUACAGGGAGGAGCUGAAGGGCUGGGUCCAGGGGAACCUGACGGAGUGCGCUCGCUCCGUUUUCAUUUUCGACGAGAUGGAGACGAUGCCUUCGGGGCUCAUCGACGUCCUGGAGCCAUUUCUGGGUCCGGCCCACGUUGUGUUCGGCACCAACUACCGCAAGGCGAUCUACAUCUUCAUCAGUACCACAGGAGAGGAGGCGAUCAACAAGGUGGCGGUAGAGAGCAGACAGGCUGGACGGGACAGGGAGGAGAUCACGUUGGACGACCUGCAGGAAGUCAUCGCAGAGAUGGUUUACAACCACAGGAACAACGGUUUCUUCCAGUCCAGCGUCAUCCGGAAGAAGCUCAUCACCUCCUACGUUCCGUUCCUGCCGCUGGCCAGACGCCACGUCGAGCGCUGUGUCCGAUCGCAGCUCUGUCAGCUGGGCAGCUGUGGCAACGCCGACGUGGUGCAGGCAGUAGGUGGCGACAUGAGCUACACCCCUGUCCCUGGAGAGUAUUUCUCCACCACUGGCUGUAAGGCCGUGUCUGCCAAAAUCAACGUCUUUCUGUGACAACGAAUGUUUCUUGGCUGAGCAAGCUUCUGCCACCUAGUGGUCAAAGACAAUCGUAGCGCCGCAGGUGUCUGAUUUACGGCACUUGUAUUUAGGAGCAGAUGAAAUGGACUUAAAUCCUGAUGUUAUCGCAAGGUGGACGUACAGUACCCCCAUCCCCCGGGGGAGGACAAAAUCUGUCCUUCAGGGUCUGAUCUCUACCUUAAACCCUAAACCUCUCUGUCAAUUUAAUUCGCAGAGAGUUAAAGACGGUGUAAAAAAACAUCAACAGGACGUUUGUCUGUUACGUGAAAUUAUUAAAUUUUUUUUUUCUUGCCUUAAGUCGUUAAUCUACUACUGUGAACGUCACGAAGAGGUCUGUUGCCUUUGGCGUCAGUUUGAACCUCGAAAACGGGGGAACAAAAAUAAGUCUUGAAACUUUUAUAUAAAUUAUCUAUUUAUUAAAAAGAAAUUAUAUUUAACUGAAAUGUAUAACCUUUUAAAUACAUUUUAGAAAUUGUGUCCGAAACUUUCACGUCGUGAUGUAAUUUUAAAACAAGCGUAUUAUUAGCUUCUGUUCGGCUGUGAAGGUCAAUGGUGCUAAUGUGCUAAAGGACCGGAAGUCACGGAGCGGUUACCUGUCGGCACGCUUUAUUCAAUAACUGGUCUUCAAGUUGACAUGAAGCCGAAUAAAAAAUGUUGAAAACUACGUUAUAAUAAUAAAACAGUGAUUGUAGUUUUUUUCCCCAUCUUUAAAAGACUAUGAGCUUCCGGGUACUAUUGGUUGGAGCGGUGUGGUGUUGGGUCGUAAUUGGUUGGACUUAGUGUGCAUGUUCGCAUUUUUUUCCAACUCGUACUGACGCUGGUUUGAUUAAACGAUCCAAUCAGGCUCUUCGUUUACGACAAUGUUUUUAAAAGAAUCAAACUGUUUUUUACACUAAUAGAUUUUUUAAAAAUUAAUGUUGUAAAUUAAUUUUAAACUACUAAUGUAAUGUACGCACAUUACAUUAUCGUCAUUAUUGUUACUAAUUUUCCAUCUAAAUCAAAAUACCUGCCGCUGUUUGUUUUUUGUUUUUUUGCAUUUGUACAUUUUUCUCCGGCAGGUGGCAGUAGUGUCUUUUUAUUGGAAUACAUCGGAAAGGCGAAGCAGAGUUCAUUUCACGAGUUAAAUCUCACUUUGUACGUGUUUUACUUUGCUUUGUGUUUUUUCAACUUUAAUUUAAUGUUGUUUUUACUUGAAUUAAACUGAAUUUUAUUUAUUUAAAA